AUGCCUUUUCCAAAGCAAGAAUACAUUGUGUAGGUCUCUUAGUAUUUAAAUAGAAAAUAUGGACAUCAUUAUUAUAUUUGGAAUUUGAGUGAACAUGAUUAUACAAGAGAGUUAUUUUAGAAUUAGGUUUCAAUGCACUCUUACAUUGGAUUUGCAUGUCCACCUCUUUAUGAAUUACUAUUAAUAUGUAAAUGCAUUUUAGAAUGGAUACAACAUGAGGGUAACAUUGCAAUUGUCCAUUGUUAACAAAAUAAAGGGAGGAGUGCCAUACUUCUUUCAAUUUUUUGGUCCCUUGUUUUUAAAACAAGUAUCCAGGAGAGUUUUUACAUCAUAGCAAAAGCUUUGGGACUCACAUCUCCAUUAAAAUCUCAACUCAUGUACAUUCAUAAAUACCUAACACAUUUGCUCUCAAAUGAAUAAUUAAAUACUCAAACAAUCAAAGUGAAAUCAGUGAUUUUGAGUGGGAUUCCAAAGUAAUUAGAACAAUUCAAACCUUAUUUUUAAAUAUUAGAUAGGCGAGGGAUAUUGUAUGAAGAGAAAAGUCAAGUUAUACAGAAAGAUGAACAAUGCAUAUUUAUUCUCCCAAACUUAUAGAUAAGCAAUGAUAUAGUAUUUCGAUGUAAACAUAUUACACCAGAAAAUGAUUUGAUUCCAAUAUUUAGAUUUUAGAUCCAUACUGGAUUCUUAUUCAAAAACAUUAUUCGUUUCUAAGCAGGCGAUUUAGAUUUUCAAUAAUCUUUUGAUGACGACUUUUAUAUCGAUAUUGUAUAUCUGAGAGGACAUGAAAACAAAAAUUUGCAUGAUUCUGACAAGUUAAACUAUGAUUAGCAAUAGUAAGAAGGCUAUCAGAUGAUAAAAUAGUUAUUGGACACAUGUUAGAUGAUGAGUUUAAAUGUGAAAUUGCAAUUGUUCCAAGAAAAUGACAUAAUAAAUUACUUACCAGAACAUCCAUAAGCAAUAUAGAAACUCGAGCAGGUGGAAGAGGUAGUGGAAUAGAACCAAAGAAAGGAUAGCUUUUAAGAAAAGGAGAGUUAGUAGGUUGUAUAGAAUCAAAAUCUGUAGUAGGAGGAGACUUUAGUGUAAGGAAAUGAGGGGGAUUAGUAAUAAAUUGAAAAAGAUGGGGAUGAUAAUGAUGAUGAUGAUGAUGAAAUCAUAAUUUGA